AAAAUUCCAAUAUAUUCUUAGAUCCAUUGCCAAAGCAUUGGAGCAGGUAAUGUAGAUUGCGGAGACUGCCGAAAGAUGGCGCUCCACUCUUCCCAGACUUUCGCUUUUAGCGACAAUUAUUUCGGAAUAAAUGCUAAAUAUUUCAAGGGUAUAGAUAAGAAAUUGCAAACCUUUACUCAACUUGGAUUUUUCAAUGAAGCUCUUUGUGACUCCCCUUCUUCAGCCUCCGCUUCUUCUGCUUGUGCUUCAGAAGUCUUCACCGCUCCUCGAAUAUACUUGGAUGAUGUAGAUGUUAAGCGUCCGCUAUGUCGUGAUGCUAAAUAUUUAGAUCCCAAGUUGUUGCGUGAAUUUUUUGAGUCCCAAGGCGUUGACAUUGGUGAUUUUGACUGCGAUGUGAUGUUUAGGAACCACAAGUUUCGUGAGAUGAUGGAGCACAUGAGGCAUUUGGUUUCUUUAACUGUUGCUUAUGAAGAUCCUGAUCCAUCUGCCUUUGUGUUGAAGAAGCCUGGGAAGAAUCAGGCUGACAUCGAGUUGGCUAAGGAUAAAACUGCCACUUACAAAGCCUACGAUAGUGAUUUUGAGAUCAAGUACAUAUCACCCAAUUUGGUGAAGAGCACUCCUACAGCAGCAGCUCCGAGUUUUUAUCAUUUGUUCACUGCUGUUGCUGAUGGAGUUGAGCGUGUAUUAUCAACUAACGUUGAUUACAAUGAAGAGGAUUUUGAGUACUUGCAGCAAGCUUGCAAUCAGAUUGAAUUAUUUACUGGUGGAUCGGUAAAGGGUUUAGACGUUGUACGUGACAUAUUACGUGACUAUUCUUUAUUAAACAUGAUACACCUAACAGAAUCCGGUUCUAAGGCUAACGACCUGAAGUCAGUAUUGGAUACUGUGGGCGCUGUUAAUCGUGAUUUCAAGUUGCGUGGUAAGGUUAAAUCUGAUCUCGGUGUAUCGUUUUCUCCGGGUGGUUUCCUUUUGAGCACGUAUGUUGGUUUUGUUGACUACAUGGUGGAUUUGAAUGUGAUUAACAUGACUACUCCAUUGGCUGGUGGUUCUGCUGGUUCUAUGACCGUUUCUUACGCCUCGAUGCACGGUACUGACCGUGCUUACAUGAUGCAUGUUAUUGAAUCUCUAUGUCAUAACAUGCGUAACACAAAAGUGUUUUGCAAUUUGGAUUUGAAUGUUCUGCACUACAUGAAGUAUGUGAUGGCUCCCGAUUCGUACAAGGGUUUCAACGAACGUAUCGGUAAGGUUCGGAUAAACUAUGCUGCUCGUGUUAACGGUAAAUUUAAGCCGCGUUAUGUGGUUGAGGUCGACAGUGAUGAUGAUCUUGUUGAUGCUAUUAGGUCUAGUUGUAAUGUUCCCAACUACUAUACUGUGGGUCCCAUUAAAUUCAAGGGUGACCGCAAUUAUGAUGGUAUUUUUGCUACUGACGGAUACUUCGCCGGUGCUACUAAAGUUAUUGGUGCUCAUCGUACAGUGCGUUUUAUGUCGAUGUCUAUUGGAUAUGGUAGGGCGGUGAAGAAAAACUUACAGAAUGAUGUUGCCAAUCCGUUUCUUCAGACCAAAGAUAAGUACUUCAUUCAUUACCUUCGUUUGAAGAGUUUGCAGCGUAUGCUAAUGCUCCGGAGGUAUAAGUACGCUCGUGUAGACAACCUAGCUGAGUGGGAGAAGGAGCUCGACUUGAGUAUUAAGGUAUGCCACGCCGUAUCCAAAGGUGCUAGCACUACUAAGGAGGCAGGUAAUAUCAUUGAUGAGUGGACCCGUCUUAUAUCUCGCAAACCUCGUAAGCACCCUUCGAACACUAAACAGGAUGAGGAUUCUAUGUUCAAGUCUCAUAAGACUUGCAAGUUGGCUCGUUUGUUUAAAUUAGUGUUAGCAUCCGAAUCAGAGUUGGGCGUGGGUCAGGAAUCGAAAUACCAUGCUGGUGCUUUCAAGGGUAGCUUGGAUGGUGUUCCCAUUAUGAAAGUCUUUGGUGCCCCUACCUACAAUUGGGGUUGUGGGAAAAUCGAUUUUUUGGCUACACCACGGUCACUAAUUGAUUGGCUUUUUUACGAGAAAUCUUUGUUAACUCGUUCGUUGACUGAAGGUACUAAUUCCUGUGUUGAUGAGGAAAUUGAGUUGCUAUUGGAUUUAAGUCAUCACUUGGGCCCGCCACCGUCCUUAACCUAUUAUUACACAGAAUUCCCAUCUUUGUUGCUAUCUUCUUUAGUUAAAGUGAAGAACACUGUCCCUGCGUUCUAUCCUGCCACGCUUCAUGACAUUCGUCAUUUUUUUGAUGUGGGUAGGACCAUAGCUUUCCGUUGGUUGCUUGGGGACUACAUUGCAUUUGAAAACUGGAUCCAUUUACGUGUUCGUCAGUUAAUAGAGACUCCAGUUUCAGGUGUUAUUACUGAGGAUUGCAAGGGCAAAUGUUGCCCAUCAUCUGAUGAUUACAUUAACCCAAUUCAUAAAAUGCAGUUUGAAAGAUUGGAUGAAACCAUGAAACUUAUGGAUCAAGGCAAGAUUGAUGAGCUUAAGACUUCGUUUAAGCAGCGCAGUAAAUCAAAGGGUACUGCAAAGAUGCUAUUCCAACGUCAGAAUCACCUUGUCAGGCGUGCUAUAUUAUUUGAUGUGGUUGAUUCUCAUUUCACUCACAUCUUAGGGCACACUCAUUUUUGGAUUCAGUGAUUUGCUAAUAUUAAUAUAUC